UCCAGUCUCCGGGGUAUGCGCUAAACCGGGCACGGGAAGAGCGGUCUCCCUUGCCUUCCAACCUCAUCUCGCAACCCCACAGACUCCCAGAACUCACGAAGAUGCCUCUCGAAACUAAGCUCACGAAACUCCUCGGGAUCAGGAUACCCGUCGUCCAGGGUGGCAUGCAAUGGGUUGGCGUGCCACGCCUUGCAGCUGCCGUCUCGAACGCUGGUGGACUAGGUGUUCUCACCGCGCUCACCCAGCCUUCGCCGGAGGCUCUGCGGCUGGCGAUUCGUGAGACUUACAAGCUUACGAAAUUCCCCUUCGGCGUGAACAUCACGCUCUUGCCGAGCAUCAACCCUCCGGACUACGAGGGGUACGCGCGCGCCGCCUACGAGGAGGGCGUCCGGAUUUUCGAAACCGCUGGGAACAACCCCGGCCCGCUAAUCAGGUUCUUCAAGUCCAACAAGUGCAUUGUCAUCCACAAAUGUACAACAAUCAGGCAUGCGAAGUCUGCGGAGCGUCUUGGAGUGGACUGCCUGAGCAUUGACGGAUUUGAAUGCGCCGGCCAUCCCGGCGAAGAGGACAUCGGCGGCAUAGUCUUGUUGGCACGGGCAGCACAGGAGCUGAAGGUGCCGUAUAUCGCCUCCGGCGGAUUCGGGGACGGGCGCGGGCUGGCGGCCGCGCUCGCGCUGGGUGCAUGUGGCGUGAACAUGGGCACGCGGUUCAUGUGCACAGUUGAGAGCCCGAUCCACGAGAAGAUCAAGGAGACGAUCGUCGCGUCCACCGAGGCGAACACGACGCACAUCUUCCGCACGCUGCGCAACACGUCGCGCGUGUACAAGAACGCGGUCGCCGAGCAGGUCGUCGCGCUCGAGCGCCGCCCGGGCGGCGCCAAGUUCGAGGACAUCCGCGACCUCGUCUCGGGGCAGCGCGGGCGCCUCGUGUACGAGACGGGCGACCCUGAGUACGGGGUGUGGACGGCGGGGCUCGUGAUGGGCUUGAUUCGGGACGUGCCGACGUGCGAGGUGUUGUUGGAGAGGAUUGAGAGGGAGGCGGAGGAGGUUGUGGAUGGGUUGGUGGCGAUUCGGGUGGGGGCGAAGGCGAAGCUGUGAGCCGCCGAUGGUGUGUGCCCGUCUUGGGAUGGUGACUCGGUGUUGUUUCGCACAUGCUCUCAAUGUGGAUGGAUAUCCGAACGCUCGACCGGAUAUCUCUUGUCAGA